AUGACUGCCGGUAUUCUGGACAUUUUGAAGAGGAAUUGGGGGAUAAAUGCUGUUACGAAGGGUAAGCACAUGGUUCUAGCAUUCAUGGAUGACAUCAAGUGUCAUGCUCAGUCCCAGGAGGGGAUAGAUGUCAUCACUAGAGUGUUGAUUGAUGCUGCUAAGGAGAUGGGUCUCAGUCUCAAUAACACCAAGUGUGGAGUAUUUGCAGUGCGGCCAGGAGAAGAGCAUCGAGGUCAAGAACAGCAGCCGGGAGGUAGGGAUGAGGUUGAAGAGCUGAGGAAUGAGGCGGUGCAGGAUGAGGAGCUGUUUCUCCCGGAGAUUAGGGAGGGAUACAAGUACCUGGAGAUGGUGCUGGAGGAGACACGAGCCAUUUUGACAUCGAGAUUGGCAGUACCUCAGAAGAUCCACUUGUUUAAUACCUCAGUUGUGCCCGCAGCAACAUACAUCCUGGGAAAUCUCUACCCGGAUGAGCAGCGACGAACAUCUCUGCUGAAGUGCAGCGGGCUGGACACUGCCGUCAGGAAGAUCCUUGUGGAGGAGGGCCUGAAGGGGUACUCUACCACAACGGCAGGAGUUUAUCUGGCUUCCGACUGGGGAUUGGCGAAGGUACAAUUUGGUCGGCUGGCUAGUAAGGGGUGGAGGAAUCCGAUAACGGAUGCUAGGCGCAUUCUGGUCAAGUACGGAGUGGAGAUCCCACCUAAGAUAACUGGCAAUGAAGAAUUGGGACCUGAAGCGGUCAUGUCUGUGUGUAGGAGGGCAGCUAAGGGGAUUGAAGCGAAGCAGGAGGAAUGCUACUUGUAUCGAAGGAUGAAGAGUCUAGCGUAUGCUAGAACCCUGGCCAAUUUGAAGAAGGAUGGGAAGGGUGUGUGUUGUCCCGUGUUGAGGUCACGGCAGCUAGAAGUCUGGGCAGUUAAGAUCCUGAUUGCGGUGAUGGAGGAUCAGAUUCCGGGGCUGGGAUCUAUCCCGGAUUUCAGGAGGAUGUGUCUGAGGAGCUGUGGGGUUAUUGAGAAUUCCUAUCACGUUUCUUCGGCGUGUGUAGUGCCGGAUUAUAUCCACAGGCAUGAUUUCGUCGUAUAUUGGUUGCUCAGAGAGGUUUUGGCGGGGUCAGGGGCGCCUAAAGGAGUGCAGGAGAGCCUGAAGUUUGGAUCUGCUACCCUCAAUGUGAGUUAUGACACGGAGAGGGGGGGAGGGCACAUUCAGAUCAGGGCUGGUGGGUAUUGUGCGGUUGACGUGCAGUUGUACCACUAUAAGCCUGAUUUGGUGAUAAUAACAUCGAACCCAAGGAAGGUUUAUGUCAUCGAGGUCUCCGUGGCGCACCUGCAGAACCUAGAGAAUCAGGAAAAGGUCAAGAGAACGAGAUAUGAGACCAACUCCGAGGCACAUGUCACCCCGGAGAAUAUGGGUGAGGUGCAUAGGGGUGAGAACUUGGUGAACGUGCUGAAGCGUACGCACGGGUGUGACGUCGAGCUAGGGGUUCUGGUUCUGGGAUGCUUCGGUGUGGUGGCAGAGACGGCGGAAUUGGUGAGGGUGAAGGGAAUUGUUGGACAGCUUGGCGUCUCGCAGAGGGGAUGGGAGAACUGUUUGAGCAGGAGCUCUUACAGUGUAGCAACAGCGACGCCUAAAGUCGUCCUGAGAAGUGGAAGGGUUAAAAAACUCGAGGGUGGUCUCGAGGAUCUCCUCCCCAAAUCUUGA